AUGGAGUACCAGAGGUGCACCAGAGGAGGGGCGUUCAGCAACUUUUUGAGCGCCCUCCCCCGCCUCAACGCGGGGCUGAAAGGCGUUUCCAACAACCUGGCCGCGUACGACUUUUUCAACUGUCUGCGGAACGAGACCCAGUGCCGUUUGGGGGAGCUCGAGAUUGCUGACGUGACAACGCUCGCGGUCAGGGCGUUCACCGGACGGCUGGGGGGGCGUCCGGAGAAGGCCUCGGACCCCCGGAACUAUGUCCAGGCCCUCGCCAUCUACUCCUACAUCGGCCUCGCCCUCGCGCUCCUCUCCACUCUCGUUCUCUUCGCCACCCUAGUUUGGCUCUGCCUCCGCAAAUCGCAGCGGAGCCUGUCGUUCUUCCGGCGGGCCGUCGCGUGGUCGCGGCCGGCUUCGCGCCGGCAGUCGUCGAAGCACGGCAGCUCUAUACCUGACCUGCCCAAGUUCGACGUCGGAAGGGAGGCGCGCCGGCGGCGCUGGGCAAGCAUCUUGCUCGGUUUCUACGCCCUCGCAACAGUUUGCUUCAUCUUCGUCGGCGUCUUCAAGGGCGCGCUCGCGCUCGCGCCGGCCGCGCAGCGCGCGCUGGUGCGCUCGCCCACGAAUCUCGCGGGCGUCGUGCGCGGGCUGAACCCUCCGCUGCAAACGUUCCUGACCGCGUCGGGCGCCAGCAUCUCGGACACGUUGCGGCAGGUGAACGAGAGCAUCGUGUCGACGGUGGACUUGGACGCGCUGAGGCGCGACGUGGAGUGUGCGGAGAACGGCCAGCUUCAGCUGCCGAGCAACGGAACUCUGGAACUGGUCCUGGGCGCCGUGCAAUCAACGUAUGAUCAGAUACCAGAUUCUCUGACUGUGGGACUGCAAAUAGAGUCCGCGCAAGAGGAGACUGCGAACCUGAGUCGGGUGCUGCCACCUGUCAGCACGACGUUACAGGCCCUCUCUUCGACGGGCAUCGAAGCGGCGAUUCUUGACGUGGAGACGCAGUUGUCCGCUUUGAAGCGUUCGAUGACUCUUCUCAUCAACGGUCAAGAUAAGUUUGGCUCCUUCCAAUCGACGUUCCUGGAGGCCCUGUCAACGGCCGAGGGCUUCGUAGAUGGUGACGGUACUGGAGGGCUGAUCAGCCAGCUAGAGGGCCUGCCUCUCAAGGGCUGUGUGCUUUGUCCUGGCGGCGCUCAAUACCGCCAAGGACUGCUGGCGACGCUGAAGGACUUUCGGAGCGCUCUGCUGAACGUUACCGCCUUCUCCGCGGAUCUGGAUGCAAUCCUGCAAGAAUUCUCGAAUUUGCCCGACCUGCGCGCGCUCCCGCCCAGCAUGCGCGCGCUCGACGGCGCGCUCGUGGCGCUCCCCAGCUUCUCUCAGCUCGCAGCGAACCUGACGCUUUUGGACGGCGCAUUGGCGUCCGGCGGCCUCUCCGGACUGUACGAAAGCAUGCAGAUGAUUCUUAAGUCUCCGGAGACCGUGAACGCUGCUCUUGGAACACUCAGCGCCCUGUCCGGCAACCUGACCCAGCUGAACGGCGCCAUCGACACGUACGGUCCGUGCGUCCGAAACAUCCGCGAGCAGCUGGACGUCGUCAACACCACGCUCGUGCACCUGCCGCACAACCUGGACGGCGUCCGCAAACGGCUCCAAGGGAUUCGGACGCACCCGCUGAUUCUGCCAAACUUCUUUGUGAUCGAGAACUCUCUGCAAAGCUUCCUCUUGAGCGUCCAAAUGGUGCUCCCCAUCAUCGGACAAUACCAGGGCCCCUUCGCGCGCGCGGUCAAUCUCACGAAUCAGCUUACCGGUGAUCUGAGUCCGGCCAACCUCACCAAUCGAGCGAGCGCGCUCGCGCACAAGACGUGGAGCCUCGAGCUCCAGGCCGCGCAGGUCGACGCGGCCGCGCCCGCGCUCGCGCAGCUGAACACGUCAGCACUGCAGCUGCAGAGAGUGCUGCGAAGCGUUGCAGAUGCCAAGGCCCCGCUGCUUACGGCGCUGGGCAUUGCCCUCUCCCCCUCAGCCACCGACAGCGCAACCCUCCUCAAAACGGGGCCUCAGCUCAUUCCGGCCAUCACCGCGUUCCGGUCAGCGGCCGGAACCGCGUUGGCCGGCACUCUACCGAAUAUCGCGGCUCUUUCUGCGGGGCUUAGCCCACUCCCGGGUUUGGAAGAACACGUGCGAGACCUGCAGGGUUAUCAAGCAAACAUCGAGGUGUUUGCUAAACCCGCACUCAGCGAUCUGCUUGUCGGCCUGGCGGGCGCGCUCCAAGCCCUGCCAAACCUCGCUGACGUCAGCGCGUUGUGGGGCCAGCUGUCGUUCCAGGCGCCCGCCGCGCCGCUGAACCUGACGUCAGCAAUCGCGGCCGCGCGCCGCGUGGGCGCGCAGCGCCUCAUGAGCGCCGAAAACUUCACGACCGUGUACCAGUACCUGGACAGGGCGGACGAUCUUCUCUACGGCUCCGGUGACGUUAUCCUGACGCAGCUCGAGCCGGCGUCCGUGCACGCCUCCCUGACCGCGAACGGAACGGGAGCCGCCGCGACCGGAAUCCUGGACGCCUUCAACCGGGUCUACAACCUCGCAACUGGGGACAAUUCCUCGACCGGUGAUCCGUUCGAUUCCGCUGCGAUACGAACCGGUCUGAAGAUCGUCGGCCGGAUUGGUGCCGGUCCAAACGCGUCCCGCGAUUCCGCGGCGUAUCUGGCGAGAGUGGCGGACGUUGCGAAUGGAACGGCGGAAGUAGAACGGAACGGUUCCGCCGGAAGGUACUUCACGUUCCAUGGCGCGUCCUGCCUGACGGACGACUGCCUGUCCAAUUCCAUCGACCUCCUGUUUAAGGGAUCCCUCUCGCAAGCGGCUGACGUCAUCUUCGGUACCGGGGCACUAUCGGCCUGGCAGCUCUCCAUCCAGGGUACCUUGGUCAUAGCGUAUGUCGUCCCCGCGUCCGCGGCCGCGCUUGCCGCGCUGAGCAUCGUCUUCGCGAGGCCGUGGCUGGCCAUUACCGUCGCCGCUACGGUGACGGUUAUCAGUCCGUUUGCGUUGCUUAUCAGCGGAGCGCUCGAAGCGCCAAUCGGUCUUUUGGCUGCGGACGCUUGCGGCUCGUUCGCCAGCCUGACGGUCAAGCUGCUCGACACGACAGCCGCCGACUACCACAUGGCCCUCUCGAACCAGUCCGUUGUAAUAAACCCCGGCGCGGUUGCGGCCGCGGUCUUAGGCGGGGAGUGCGCAGCGGCGAACGACGUCACGGCCAUGUGGCACAACGUCAGCAGGGCGGUCGUGCCGUACUUUCCGACACUAACGGCGUCAUGGCUGGGGUCACCUGACGUUACACAGGGCUUCCAGGCGGGGCAGAAACUGGACGCGAUUGUACGGAACGGCUCCGCGGAGCUGGGCGCUCUCCUCAAGCAACUCGUCCAGAGCGGCGAGAGCACGGCCAGCUGCCAACGGAUACACGAGGCGUACCUCGACAUCCACGGGGCCUUCUGCUGCGACUUCGUGAACUCAGUGCAGUGGUACUUCGGAAGCUGGUACAUCAUUUCGCUUCUUAUGCUCUUCGUGGGCACCCCCGCUUCUCUCUUAGCCGCCCGGUACUGCCCCCGGUGGAAACCGGCCCCGGGAAACCCGGAAGAGGUGCCUGCCGCCACAGGCUUGGCCGGCGGAAGCCAAGACGAUCCCGCUCCAGUCAGAGCGCCGAGUUCGUUGGCAGAGCUUACCCAAGAAGAGGAAGCGGAUCGCUUAUCCGAAGGACCGGUUUUGGAAGGGUCACCCAGUCCCGAAAUACGAGAGUCUUCCAACGCGAGCGGGAUGCGGUGGGAGAAGCUGGGAGGUGACGUCAGGCCCCGGGAAAAGCGGGCGGUUGGGUACGUGCCUUGGAGCGCCACGUGGGCGUCGGCCAAGGCUCGGGACCCCCUGGCCGGGCCGUCUCGCUCUAGUUCGCUCGAUCCGAACAGCGAAGCAUCAACGGCUGUGAGACAAGCGGGUGCCGUCUUACACCAGAGCCAGGGGCCUGAUAUGAAGGCCCCGUUAGUGGCGAAUCAGAGCAAACCAAGUACGUUGCCUGAAAACGGAUCGAACGAGCAGUGCAGGCAAUCAACGGAAACGAAUGAGGAGGGUUCCGGCGGAAAGCGGAAGCUGCUCCGCGGUUCGGCAGGUUCUUCGCGGAACCAGCUCUGGGGCGCCCUUGCGAGGGCGGGCUCUUGGAGGCAGGGUGGAAAGGGGCGGUCAGACCCUUCGGCUUGA